AUGCUGAAAAGGAGAAAGAAAGCGCACACUUCGAGAAACUUCCAAGCGACUUCAUCUUGUGCUUGGGAACGAUUAAAACAGAUGAAGUUGGUACGUUUCUUGAUGAAAUUGAUCCACGAGUCGGUGACUAUCGAGCUGAAAAAUGGAACCUUGGUGCAAGGCGGCAUCAUUGGUGUGGACGUUGCUAUGAACAUGCAUCUUCGUUCCGUGAAGAUGUCGUUGAAAAACAAGGAUCCCAUUAAUCUUGACUCUCUUUCCAUCAGAGGCAACAACAUUAGGUACAUAAUUCUGCCGGAUUCGCUACCUCUCGACACAAUGCUCAUCGACGACGAGCCCCGCAAGAAAGCUGCAAGAGCUCGUGCUGGUGCCCGUGAUAGGCGCUGCCGUGUUUUGGAAGGAGAACGUGCGGGCCAGUUUCAUGCCGCACAUUUAUCCGUUGGUAUUUUUUCACUGUUGUUAUUUGUUUAAUAAACGUGUUUUGGAUCUCUGGAUAAAUAUUUUUUUUGUUCUAGUGUGAAAAUUUCCAGUAUGUACAACACUUUAUUCAACUGCACUCAUGAUAUGCCGUUGCUUCUUUCUGGCUGUACCUAAAAUAGUGUUCCAUAAGCUAUUUUCAUUACCUGCAAAUAUUAACCGUUACAUUUGUUUGCAGUGAAAUAGUGUGAGUUGAGUUCGAUGUGGCUGUGCCUCGGUAAUCCGUAUGUUGUCGUGUUGUUGGAAGAAGCUCUUUGCGUUGCUUUGCAAACAUUCCGGCCCAUACAUAGCAC